AUGUAUCAUUUCGUGAGGACCAUGACUGGGAAGAACGUCGGAACCCGCCCGCAGGAUAGCGACGCAGAAGCUGCGGUCCCUCCAGAUCAGCAACUUUUUUUCCGUGCAGGCAGGCAUGCUAAGGGUGACUUGGCUGUUAGUUUGCAAAGCGGAUUACGUAUGAGGAGGCAUUCAUGUUGUUCUUUCUUUGGCGGACGGGUCGCCAGUGUUGCCGCAGUGGCUGUUACUCUGGUAGUGACCAUUGUCUUCAGUGUGGUAGCCGUUCGCAAACGGAGUGUUUCUCGCACCGAGCCAGUCAGGUUCAACAUACUUAGUCUCACGGAAGGUUCCAGCCUUGGAGCAGCAGUGUGCGUCGUGGGCCAAGCGACGCGGUUGGAGAUUGAGAGUAAGAUACAGAACAUUAUCGAUCCGUUCGCCAAUGUUACACAUGUAGAUGUUUUCUUGUCUCUGGAGAUUGACGAUCACGCAGUCUUCAACAACCCUAUAACGGUUGAUGUCGACGGCGCUAAAUGCCGCGGAUCGGAGUUGGAUGUGGAUGGGUUGAAGGAAGCGUUUGCGCCGUAUUUCAGAGACGGAGUGUUCGGGCCACACGUGGACGAGAACGUCAUUUUGGAGAGGUGGCCGAAGCUGUACAAGAGACAGCACCCCGAUGACGACGCAAAGCGGAGGACUCAUAUUGCCAACGUCGCCAGCCAGUUGAGGCACCAGAAGGAUUGCGCGGAGCUUAUUCAAAAGAGCGAGGAGUCUGCAGGCGGUAAAUACGACAUUGUGGUGAAGGUCCGUGACAACACCAUCGCGUUGCGGCCUGUGGCGCCAGACAAGCUGUUAUCAAUCACAGAAGUCGUCCUCAAGCAUUGCAAUUGGUGGGGUGGCGUUCACGAUAAAGUCAUGGCCCUCCCACGCAAGUAUCUCGAGAAGAGUUUGGGUGCCACAUAUGAUGCCAUGCAAGCCGUCAUGUACGAUGAUCCCCUGCCACGUCGGCUACGGGCAAUGUCAAAGCAGUCCCACAAUACGGAGCAGAUUGUUAUGUUUACGCUCACAUCAAAUCUAGUUCCUUUUGUUGAAAAGAAUUUCGAGAUAGGAGACCGAGAUGGUGGCGAUUAUUUGCCAUUCGUGGACGGCAGGUGCUAUCCUGGCAAGGAGCCUGGAGACGAAGGUCGCUGGUGCAUCGUUUCUCACUGCAAGGACUGCUGGCCGAGCAUGCCCUGGACGUACAACGUCUCCUGCGAGGUAGCUAGGACUGGUCUGGAGGUUGGCAGUUAUCAGCCAAAUCUGUCCUCGCAGUUCGACAAGUCUUUUGAUGAGCAGACGCUCGCAGAUCCCGACCCGACGCGGGAGUGCGCGAAUCCCCUCUACAGGUGA